AUGCUCCCUAGAACUGCUCUGCGUACAGCCGCACGUCGACCACGCGCUCGCCCGUUCUCAACGACUUCCUCGCCAUCGACUUGGUCCGGUCCUCGUUCGCUCGCUGGUCUCCCCCUCGAUAUUGCGCCCGAAGUCGCGCAGGCCAAGGCUGAAGGGCGUGCUAUCGUCGCUCUCGAGUCUACGCUUGUCACCCACGGACUGCCACCGCCGCACUCUGCCUCGCUCCCGAAAGAAUGCGAAGCCAUUCUCCGCGGCCAAGGCGUGACCCCCGCGACCAUUGCCAUCCUGAAUGGGCGAAUCAAGGUCGGCUUGGAGGAGGAGGACCUCGACUAUCUCGCUGAGCGGGGCUGGGAGGCGCGGAAAGACAAGGCUAUGGCGGAGAAGAUGUGGAAGGUCGGGCGGAGAGAGUUGGCAGCCGCGGUGGUCAAGCGGUUAGACGGAGGGACGACGGUCUCGGGCACGAUGGCGGUCGCACACCUGGCGGGCAUCAAGAUCUUCUCGACCGGCGGAAUCGGCGGAGUUCACCGAGGGGCGGAGACGAGCUUCGACAUCUCGUCUGAUCUCAUCUCGCUGAGUGACACACCCGUCGCGGUCGUCUGCGCCGGCAGCAAAUCCAUCCUCGACAUCGGCUUGACGCUCGAGUACCUCGAGGCGCACGCCGUUCCCGUCGCAGUCUACAAGACUGCCGACCGAGAAUGGCCCGCCUUCUACACGGCCGAAUCGGGCUUCAAGGCGCCGAUGAACCUGGAUUCGGCACGCGAGGUCGCAGAAACGAUCAUCAUGACGGACAAGCUGGGACUGCCGUCUUCGCUCCUCCUCGGCAACCCUAUACCAGCGGAGUACCACGAUAUCGGCGAGGAGUUGCAGCGCGCGGUGGAUCAGGCGGUGGCGGAGAGCGUGGAGAAUGGGAUGGCCAAGAGCGGGAAACAGGUCACGCCCUGGCUUCUUGGACGAGUUGCGGAGCUGUCACAGGGGAAGUCGCUCGAGAGCAACAAGGCGCUCAUCCGGAACAACGUCAGGGUCGGCGGGGAGAUCGCGCUCGAGUACGCCAGGCUGUUGAAAGAGAGUUCGCCCGCAAGUUCCGUCUUCAUGCCCGCACCUUUGCCCUCAGCUUCCGCCUCGGCACCCGCCGCUCCUACAGCUGCCGUUGCAAGUGACACUCCUACUCCUCCGGCAUCGCUUGUCGUCGCAGGUGUACUUGCUGUCGACAUCACGAUGCAUCCUUCGUCGUCCUCGCCUCUCCAGACGACCGCGCCUGGCACGGUCUCGCUCACGCUCGGAGGCGUCGCAGGCAAUGUUGCCGGCGCAGCUCACUCCCUUCUCUCCGAUACGAGCAAGAACGAAGUCAUGCUCGUCGCGCCUGUUGCGGAUGACUUGCUCGGAGGCGUUGCGAAGAGCGGGCUGGCGAAGCGAGGAAUGCGAGACGACGGACUCAUCUCGACGUCCACGAGCGGAACGGCUACAUGCGGGAUCUUGCUUGACGAGAAGGGCGACCUCCUUGGAGGGAUCGCGGAUAUGGGUAUCGCGACCGAGUUGCGCGGGAAGGAGAUCCUCGAGAGGAUACAGUCUGCUUCGCCGAAGCUUGUUUGCUUUGACGGCAACCUCUCGCAGGAGGCGAUCGCAGACCUCGUCACGCACUGCCUCGACCGAAGUAUCUCAACCUUCUUCGAACCGACCUCAAACGCCAAAGCCCUCCAGCUCCUCCGCGCACUCGAGAAGAAGCCUCAACUCGCAUCCAUCCUCCCCGCAACCUCGUCCUACGUCUCUUUCUCAGCACCCAAUAUUCACGAACUUUCGCAUCUCUACCAACACAUCGCCUUCUCCGACCACCCGCUGUACAACUCGGCGCCGUGGUUCGACCAUGUCACCGUCCCUGCGCACGACCUCUCGCUUCGUUUGCCGAAAUGGGUCAUCGACGAAGGCGUCGCGCAGAUGGCUGUCCGUCUCAUUUCGACAUCGCUCUUUGGCUCGUUGUUCAUCAAGAGCGGCUCGCGGGGCGUCCUCGUCGUCCAACGAGUUUCGGGGGUCGACAACGUCGCAGCGUGGUCGUCACUUCCCUCGCGCAAGGGCACCGUCGUUGUCCGCAGCAGCCAGCCGAGCGAGGCAAUCGUCUUGCGACACUACCCCGCCCUCGAGCUCGACGAGCGACAAGUUGGCACGGUCACGGGCGCGGGAGACAACCUUGCGGGCGCCAUCCUCGCUGGCCUCGUGCGCGGGCUGUCGCCGUUCAUACCGCACGAGCUCGAUCGUCUCGUCGACGUCGGUCAGAGGGCGGCGGUCGCGACUCUGCAGAGCAAAGAGGCUGUCGGCGACCACUCGAGCCUGCGUGCGCUCUUACCGUAG